CCCAAUGGAUAUUCAAAGCUUUUUACCCUUUCCUUAAAUUUUGCAUUUCCUCCCAAUUUUUCUUUUCUGCAUACAAUGAAAACCUUGAUUGAUUCUUUUAAAAUAUUUUUUCCGAGCAUUUUGAAUCAUAUAUAAAUAAUAUUAAUUGUGUUUUUACGGCGACGGUGAGGCUGUUAUAAUUUACAAAUUAAAAUCUGAAUCGCUAAAGAAUUUGUGGAUCAAUCGAGAGUUUUGACCGGUGAGAACUGGAGUUUUAUCAAUCAAAUGCUAAUGAAUUAUUGAGCUUGUUUAUCUAUUGAUUUGAAAGUUCUUGAGUGGUGCAUUUGAUUCCUUGUUAAUUGUUUUAUGUUGCUGAAAUCUAAUAAAUUAGUACCAAAGUUGGAGUCUCUCGUUUUUAACAGAAACCGGGCCAUUAGGGGAUCUAUCAGCGACAAUGAUGGUGUCUUCAGUAACAGAGUGAAAAGAAUAUCAUAGAGGUGAUUGCCUUCAUGGCUGACCUGAAGCACAAGAUUCUUAUGGUUUCUGAUUUUUUCUAUCCCAACUUCGGUGGUGUCGAGAAUCACAUCUAUUAUCUGUCACAAUGCCUACUAAAACUUGGUCACAAGGUGGUUGUUUUGACUCAUGCUUAUGGAAAUCGAUCUGGGGUGAGAUACAUGACAGGUGGUCUGAAGGUUUAUUAUGUACCGUGGCGGCCGUUUCUUAUGCAGAAUACAUUCCCGACUAUCUAUGGAACAUUCCCAAUAAUUAGGACUAUACUUCUUCGGGAAAAGAUAUCACUUGUGCAUGGUCAUCAAGCCUUCUCAACUCUAUGCCAUGAGACUUUGAUGCACGCACGUACUAUGGGAUACAAGGUUGUAUUUACUGAUCAUUCAUUGUAUGGUUUUGCUGAUGUGGGAAGCAUCCACAUGAACAAGGUUCUGCAAUUUACUUUGGCAGAUGUAACCCGGGCCAUAUGUGUUUCGCAUACAAGCAAGGAAAAUACAGUGCUACGGUCAGGUUUGCCGCCUGAAAAGGUUUUUGUGAUACCUAAUGCUGUGGACACAGCUAUGUUCAAACCUGCUCAACAGCGCCUUGGCCGUGAUGAAAUAGUUAUUGUUGUGAUAAGUAGGUUGGUUUAUCGGAAGGGUGCAGAUUUACUUGUGGAAGUCAUUCCGGAAGUUUGUCGUUUGUAUCCCAAUGUACGUUUCAUUGUUGGUGGAGAUGGACCUAAAAGAGUGCGGUUGGAAGAGAUGAGAGAAAAGCAUUCUCUCCAAGAUCGAGUUGAGAUGUUGGGGGCUGUACCACAUGCUUCUGUAAGGUCUGUGCUGAUUUCUGGCCACAUAUUUUUAAACAGUUCUUUAACUGAAGCUUUUUGUAUAGCCAUAUUGGAGGCUGCAAGUUGUGGACUAUUAACUGUCAGCACACGUGUAGGAGGUGUCCCAGAGGUUUUACCCGAUGACAUGAUAGUACUUGCUGAACCGGAUCCUAGUGACAUGGUACAUGCAAUUAGGAAGGCAAUAUCUAUCCUUCCUAAUAUUGAUCCACAGGUUAUGCAUGAUCGAAUGAAGAGACUUUAUAAUUGGAACGAUGUUGCUGAAAGGACUGAGAUUGUAUAUAAUCGUGCCUUGAAAUGUUCUGAUCAGAGUCUUCUAGAACGACUUUCCAGGUAUCUUUCAUGUGGAGCUUGGGCAGGCAAGCUGUUUUGCUUGGUUAUGAUAAUCGACUUUUUGAUAUGGCGUCUGUUAGAACUAUUGCAGCCUGCAGAGGAUAUCGAGGAGGUGCCUGAUGUGGCUCUACGCUGCCAUCAACACGGAGAAAGGAUUGAAGAAAUAUAUCGUUGCAAGUCAGAAUAAUAGUAUAGCAAUAGUUUUCGAGUUUAUAACAAUAUUAUUAGCUUCAAAUAUUUGACGUUUCGUCUUCAAGCAUUGUACCUUAUUCUAUUCUUUAUGCAUUUUAAGUAAAAAUCUUAUUGCUGCAAUCCACUUCUGAAUGUGCUUUCUUGAAA